AUGAAUACACACGGAGGUAUCUACCUUAUCUACUUCCGUGGGCCGUGACGAUAGUGUGAUACACAAUAUUUCUCUCAAGUGGUAGAGAAAAUCAAAACUAUCUCUCAGUGUGCAAACUGCCAAAAUUACGGGCACACCAAGGCAUACUGUGGCUACUCGUCACGCUGUGUACGUUGUGGCAAUGGGCAUCCCACAUCUUCGUGUCAAAAAAAUCGGGACGAACCUCCAUGCUGUGCUCUCUGCCAAGGAAGCCAUCCUGCGAACUAUAAAGGCUGCUCAGUGUAUAAAGAUCUACAGCACCGUAAGAAAGCCAGCACAAAUAAUAACAAAUUUAUUUUUGAUAACAGACAUUCUAGUUUUAAGCCUAACCUUGUAAAAGAUAGUCAUCCAUCAGAACACGCUAACGCCGCCCUCCCUGCAGCUCCUCCCCUAACGUAUGCUAAGGUAGCCUCUAACCAAUCCGCACACCUUAAUUCCACUCAACCAGCUCAGGACAGCUCACUUUCUGCAGAAACAAAUCUCAAGUUUCCUAAACGAUUUCAAAACUCUAAUAAAUCCGCUAAUUUCACUUCUCACCACAGUAAUUUCCAGUCUACUAGACAAAUCCAAAUGAACUCUUCCGCCACAAAUAACUCACUGUUAAUUUUACAAUUCAACGCAAAUGGUCUCAAAAACCACUCCAACGAACUCCAAACUGUUCUCCACAACAGGCGAAUAGAUAUAGCGAUUAUAACUGAAACCCAUUUCACUAAAUACUCACAUAUUUUCAUCCCCGGAUAUAAACUAAUAAAAUCCAACCACCCCGACAACACUUCACAUGGUGGAGUCGACAUCUUAAUUAAAACAUCCUUAUAUUUUCAGCUUCUUCCUAAUUACUGUUAUGACCAUAUCCAAUCUUGCUCAAUAUUAAUCAAAUUGAAUAAAAUCCCAAUCACUAUCGGGGCAUUCUAUUCCCCUCCUCGACAUAAAAUUACCAGGGCAAUUUUUAACGAUUAUUUCAACACAUUAAAAACUAAUUUCAUUAUCGGUGGUGACUACAAUGCCAAACAUCAGAGUUGGGGUUGCCGUGUCAACAACCCUCGCGGUAUUGUGCUUUACAACCUUGCAAAUGAAAGGCAUUUCAAUGUUCUUGCCUCCCCGGGUCCUACAUAUUGGCCAACAGCGUCAAAUAAGUACCCUGACAUCCUGGACAUCUUUGCUGCCAAAAUCUCCAGCAACUUACAUUGUUCCACUGACAAUAUCCUCGAUUUAAACUCUGACCACUCUUCAGUGCUUCUCACUAUCUCUGCCACUCCCCUAACACGUGUCGAUCUGCCUAAACUGUUCACCACCCAAACUGAUCAUAGAAAAUUCCAUGACAUAAUAAAUGAAAAAAUUAACCUAAAAUUAAAUUAAAGUCUACCUCAGAUAUUGACGUAGCCGUUAACAAUUUAACAACACUCAUUCAACAGGCUGCGUGGGCUUCUACAAAGUCUGAUAAAACCUUUAGCUCAAUCAAAAAUAAGUCAAAUUCUUAUUACUUUCUACUUCCAGAAGAAAUUCGAUUUUUAAUUACUGAAAAACGUAGGGCAAGAGCAAGUUAUCAACUCUCCCGUCUUCCAUCCCACAAAUGCGCUUACAACAAACUUGCAAAUUCUUUGAAAAAAAUCCUUGCUAAACAUAAAGCUAAUAACCUUGAAAAAAAACUUCUCCAGCUGUCAGCUGCAAAUGGUAGUCUCUGGUGUGAAACCAAACAACUACUAAAAUUUAAAUCCGUCUCAACCCCUCUAAAAAAAGUCGACAACACCUUAGUUAUUACCGACUCAGAAAAAUCAAUCUUGUUUCAAUCACAUUUAUCAAAUAUCUUCCAACCUCACGCUAAUAUAUUUGACCAACCACAUUUAGACAAUGUUAAAAAAUUCCUCGAUUCUUCAUUACCUUUGGGGCCCCCAAUCAAAUUCGUCACCCCUAAUGAAGUGAAAAAUACUAUUUUGAAAUAUCCUAAUAAAAAAUCUCCCGGUUUCGAUCUAAUUACCGCUGAAGUUACAAAAUGCUUGCCAGCAAAAGCCAUAGUUCUCUUAACAUAUAUAAUAAACGCUAUUCUACGUUUAUCAUAUUUCCCUUCCUUAUGGAAAUUUUUUCAAAUUGUAAUGUUUGCUAAACCUAACAAACCUGCGGACUCACCGGAUUCUUACAGACCUAUAAGUGUCUUACCUUUUUUUUCUAAAAUCUGUGAAAGACUAAUUCUACAAAGAAUGUCAUCUCACAUCAACAGCAAUAAUACUCUCCCCUCAUCUCAAUUCGGCUUCAGAGCCAAACACUGCACAAUCCACCAAGUGCAUAGAGUAGUUGACGCCAUUUCAACUUCACUCGAACGCAAACAAUAUUGUUCCUGUGUGUUCCUCGAUAUCUCUCAGGCAUUCGACCGUGUUUGGCAUGAUGGUCUCCUCUUCAAAAUUCGAAAUUGCCUACCUCUAUUUCUGUUAAUUAAAUCCUACCUAACAGAUAGAUACAUUUCAAAUUCGCUUUGGCUCGAGUAUCUCAGAAAUGGCUCUAAUCCAAGCAGGAGUACCUCAAGGUGGUAUCCUAUCUCCUCUGCUAUUUAACAUUUAUGUCUCAGAUCAGCCCAUAACUCAGGACACUCUUGUAGCUGACUUCGCAGAUGAUAAAGCGAUAAUAGCAAUACACGAAGAUCAUCUAAUUGCCUCGGCCAAUCUUCAAAUACAUUUAGACCUUAUUUCGCAAUGGUACUCCAAAUGGAGAAUAAAACUAAAUCACAAUAAGUCGGCUCACACGACCUUUACGCUGAAACAAGGAAUCUGUCCACCUGUAUCUGUAGACAACAUACCUAUUCCGCCGUCUGACACGAUUAAAUACUUAGGCUUGACCCUUGACGAAAGGUUAACUUGGAAACAGCAUAUAAGGUCCAAACGAUUAACUUUAAACGCUCGCUCUCGCACCCUCAAACACCUCUUAUCAAAAAAUAAAUUCACUAAACUUAGAACUAAACUACUCUUAUAUAAGUCGCUACUUAAACCCAUUUGGACUUACGGUUUACAGUUGUGGGGGUCAGCCAAAAAAACUAAUGUUAAUAAAAUUCAGACUUUCCAGAACAUCACACUUCGCAAAAUAGCAAAUGCCCCACCGUAUGUAUCCAAUUUAACCCUCCACAAUGAUCUGCACAUGAAAACUAUUGAAGAAGAAUCGGUAAUUUAUUACAAGCGAUUCUUUUCACGUCUUGCCAAUCACACAAAUCCACUAAUCAGAAAUCUAAAUACAUUAACUCUGCCCGAAGCUCCUCGACGUCGUCUGAAAAGGAGAUGGUGCAGAGACCUUCUAAUCGAAUAGCUCUAAUGAUCUUAUUCCUCGCUUACUCACUUCACUCAUAAUCUCCUCUAAGUCAUAGAUUAACUUAACUUGUAUUCAUGCUAAGUGUUGCUAAUGGGCGANGUAUAGAUUGUGUAAUUCAUAUUAAUAGUUAAAAAAAAAAAAAAAAAAGUGGUAGAGACUGCUGUCAUCUCGGUCCAUAGAGUAUUACUGUCUCGGCUGCGCACGCUUAACUUAACGGAUAGCUUAAUAUUAACUAAAUAGCAUAAAAUACAAAUGAUUAAAUAAUUUACUUCAUUUUAAAUAAAAUUAAAAAUAUUAUUUGUUUAUGUGAUUGUUAGGACCACCCGGUCUAAUAUAAUAGAUGUAUUAAAACGUAGUCAUUAGUAUUUAAUUGAUAUUGUAUCCGAAAGAUCUCGAUUGUAUUUUGUUAAAUUAUUAUUUUGUGUUGUAAGUAAUUGAUUAAUAUUAUAUACCGUAAUAAGAAAAAGUAGCACAGAUAUGUACUUAGACUAGUUAAUGCCUAAAUUAAAGGUUCUUAAAGUAUAUAAAGAGAACGCGAGGGACACUAGUCAACCAGUCAUCGAGUGUGAGACAAGUACCUAUGUAUGUGUCAUAUCUGUG